AUGCAGGGUGAACAGGAGCGUGGCGUCGUUCUCGGCGCCACCGACGACAUUACGCUGGCCUUGGAUGAUGGUGCCAUGAACCUGCAGUCCAUGGCCGCAUCGCGCUUUGUGGGCCCCUUUCGCGAGCAGGUCACGUCCUGGGAGAAGAAGCUUUCACUCGUGGGCGAGGUCAUUGACGUGUGGGUGCUAGUCCAGCGCAAGUGGAUGUAUCUCGAGGGCAUCUUUACCGCCGGUGACAUUCGCCAGCAACUGCCCAACGAGGCCAAGAAGUUUGACGCCAUUGACAAAGCCUUUCGCAAGAUUAUGCUUGACGCCAAGCAGCGCCGCAACGUUGUUGACACGUGCGUCUCUGAAAACCGCCUCCAGAUUCUUACGGGUCUCCAGGCCGACCUGGAUGCCUGUCAAAAGGGCCUGAACGAUUACCUCGAUGCCAAGCGGAAUGCUUUCCCGCGCUUCUUCUUCAUCUCGGAUGACGAGCUGCUCUCCAUCUUGGGCUCACACGAAAGCACCUGCGUGCAGGAGCACAUGAUCAAGAUGUUCGACAACAUUUCCGCUCUGCGUUUUGGCACAGGCAACGCAGCCAACGUGGCAAGCGGCAUGAUCUCCGCAGAGGGCGAGGAGAUGGCCUUCAAGAAUCCGGUUGUCUGUGACGGACGGGUUGAGGAGUGGAUGACCGAGGUGCUGGCCGAGAGCCGCGCCACCAACCGCCUCAUCACCAAAGAAGCUGUUUUCCAGUACGGCAGUGACGGGCUGAGCCGAACCGACUGGAUCCUCCGCUACCAGGGCAUGGUCGGCCUUGCUGGUUCUCAGGUCUGGUGGACCUGGGAGGUUGAGGACGUCUUCCGCCGUGUCGCCGAGGGCGACAAAAAGGCCAUGAAAACGUACAGUCGGGCCCUCAACAGUCAAAUUGACGACAUGGUCGUCAAGGUCCGAUCGGACCUGAGCCAGAACGAGCGCAAGAAAUUCAACACCAUGCUGAUCAUCGAUGUUCAUGCCCGCGACAUCGUGGACCGCUUCGUGCGGGACAGUAUCCUCGACAUUCGCGAGUUUGAGUGGGAGUCACAGCUCCGCUUCUAUUGGGAGCGCGACGCCGAUGAUCUCGUUAUCCGCCAGUGCACCGGUAGCUUUGAUUACGGCUACGAGUACAUGGGUCUCAAUGGCCGCCUUGUCAUCACCCCUCUGACAGAUCGCAUCUACCUCACCCUGACACAGGCGCUGUCCAUGUUCUUGGGUGGUGCGCCCGCUGGUCCCGCCGGUACCGGCAAGACGGAGACGGUCAAGGACUUGGCCAAGGCCAUGGGUCUGCUCUGCGUUGUCACCAACUGCGGCGAGGGCAUGGACUUCAAGGCCGUCGGCAAGAUCUUCAGUGGCCUGGCCCAGUGCGGUGCUUGGGGCUGCUUUGACGAGUUUAACCGCAUUGACGUGUCUGUGCUCUCGGUCAUCUCCACCCAGCUCCAAACCAUCCGCAGUGCACUCAUGAUGAAGCUCAACCGCUUCCUUUUUGAAGGCACCGAGAUUGGCUUGGAUAGCCGCGUGGGUAUCUUCAUUACCAUGAACCCAGGCUAUGCCGGUCGUACCGAGCUGCCCGAGUCGGUCAAGGCGCUUUUCCGGCCGGUCGUCGUCAUUGUACCGGAUCUUCUCCAAAUUUGCGAAAUCAUGCUUUUCAGUGAGGGUUUCCUUAUGGCCUCGACCCUGGCCAAGAAGAUGACGGUGCUGUACAAGCUGGCCAAGGGCCAGCUCUCCAAGCAGUAUCACUACGAUUUUGGUCUGCGCGCCCUCAAAGCCGUGUUGGUUAUGGCCGGGCAGCUCAAGCGCGGCAGCCCUAACCUGAGCGAAGACGUCGUGCUCAUGCGCGCCCUGCGCGACAUGAACCUGCCCAAGUUUGUUUUCGAGGAUGUGCCUCUCUUCAAGGGCCUGAUUGCCGAUCUCUUUCCGGGUCUGGACUGCCCUCGCGUGCGCUACCCCGACUUCAACGAUGCCGUCGAGAAGGUGCUGCUUGAUAACCGCUACAUCCUUGAUGACGUCCAAGUGGACAAGGUGGUGCAAUUGUACGAGACCAUGCUCACUCGCCACACGAGCAUGGUGGUCGGAAACACGGGUGGCGGCAAGUCUGUGGUCAUCAAUGCCCUGGCCCAAGCGCAAUCCCUGCUGGGGCUCACCACCAAGCUCUACACGCUCAACGCCAAGGCCAUCAACAUCAGCGAAUUGUACGGUGUCCUGGACCCCGUCACCCGCGACUGGACAGAUGGUCUCCUCUCCAAGAUUUUCCGUGACAUCUGCAAGCCGACAGACAAGAACGAGCGGCGCUACGUUGUCUUUGAUGGCGACGUCGACGCCCUGUGGGUCGAAAACAUGAACAGCGUCAUGGACGACAACAAAGUCCUCACGCUGCCCAACGGCGAGCGCAUCCGCCUAGCGGCCCACUGCGCUCUGCUGGUUGAGGUUGCCGACCUGCAAUACGCCUCGCCUGCCACCAUCUCUCGGUGCGGUAUGGUCUACGUGGACCCGAAGAACCUGGGUUAUCGUCCAUACUGGCAGCGCUGGGUGAAUGCUCGUGCCGAGGCUACGGAGCGCGGCCAGUUGCAUCUCCUCUUUGACAAGUACAUCCCGGCCAGCAUUGACCGCAUCCUGGAUGGCCUCGAUGAGGAGCAGGCCGUCGCCCGCCUCCGCUGCAUCAUUCCUCAGACCAACCUGAACAUGGUGGCCCAGCUCUGCAAUCUAUUGACGGCGCAACUUCCCGCCACGGGCGAGAUGGAGACGGAAGUCCUCGAGGCCGUGUUUCAGAGCAGCAUCAUCUGGAGCCUGGGUGCUACUCUGAUUGAGAGCGACCGCCCCAUCUUUGACAAGUUUGUCAAGCGCCUGAGCGGCAUGAGCGUGAGCGGCGCCGCAGGUCCCGGGUCACUACCGGGCGACAAGGCCACGCUCUACGAGUACUUUUUUGAUCUUGCAGCGCGACGCUGGGUCCCGUGGGAGGCAGUUGUACCCUCAUACGAGCACGAUGUCACCCGGCCCUUCCACGAAAUUCUCGUGCCUACGGUGGACACGGUUCGUACGUCCUGGCUGCUGCGCCUGCAAACGACGAUUGAGCGGCCGGUGCUGCUGGUGGGUGAGGCCGGUACCUCCAAGACGGCCACCACCACAGCCUUCCUCAAUUCGCUCGACCCAGAGCACAAUCUCGUCUUGAACAUGAACUUUAGCAGCCGCACGACCUCACUGGACGUACAACGCAACCUUGAGGCCAACGUGGAGAAGCGUACCAAGGACAUUUACGGUCCGACGCCGGGCAAGCGCUUGAUGGUGUUCAUUGACGACAUGAACAUGCCGCAGGUCGAUACCUACGGCACCCAGCAGCCCAUCGCGCUCUUGAAGCUUUUAUUGGAGCGCGGCGGCCUGUACGAUCGCGGCAAAGACCUGACCUGGAAGUUUUUGCGUGAUCUGGGCUACCUUGCAGCAAUGGGCAAGCCCGGAGGUGGCCGCAACAGCGUUGAUCCGCGCUUUGUGUCCCUGUUUUCCGUGUUUAACGUGACCUUCCCCUCGCAGGAGUCGCUCAAGACAAUCUACGCCAGCAUCCUGGCCGGUCACCUGGGCUCCUUCUCCGAAGAAGUGCGCAGCCUGGCCCCGACGCUUACUGAUGCUACCAUGGACCUCUAUGAUCAGAUUGUAGCCUCGAUGCCGCCGACGCCGUCCAAGUUCCACUACGUCUUCAAUCUGCGUGAUCUGAGUCGUGUGUACCAUGGCCUCUGCCUGAGCACGCCCGAGCACUUUGAGACUGCGGGCUCGCUGGUGCGCCUGUGGCGCAACGAGGCGCUGCGCGUCUUCCAUGAUCGCUUGAUCAACCACGAAGAUAAGAAACAUGCUCAAGGUUUGAUCGAGAAGUUGUUGCGCGGCAGCUUCCCAGCCGUGGCAGACACGGCCUUGGCCGAGCCUCUGUUGUAUGGCGACAUGCUGCAGGUCUUGACGCCAGAUGCGCCUCGCGUGUACAGCGAGCUGCCGGGCUACGAGCCCGUGAAGCGCGUGUUUGAUGGCAUGCUGGAGGAGUACAACGAGAAGCACUCGCGCAUGAACCUCGUGCUGUUCGAGGAUGCCCUGGAGCAUCUGCUGCGCAUCCACCGCAUCAUUCGCAUGAGCCGCGCACACGCGCUCCUCGUGGGCGUGGGAGGUUCGGGUCGCCAGAGCCUGACCCGCCUGGCCACUUUUGUGGCCGGGUACAGCCUCUUUGAGAUUACGCUGAGCCGUGGGUACGGCGAGGAGGAGCUGCGAGAGGACCUGAAGACGCUCUUCAACAUGGUGGGCGUGGAGAAGCAGCCCACAACUUUCCUCUUCACCGACGCCCACGUCGCCGAAGAAGGGUUUUUGGAGCUCAUCAACAACAUCCUGACGUCCGGCAUGGUGCCCGCCCUCUAUGCGGAUGACGAGAAGGAGGCCAUCAUUGGCUCAGUGCGGCCCGAGGUCCAAAAGGCGGGCCUCGUGCCUAACCGCGAGACGUGCUGGAACUUUUUUGUCAACCGCUGUGCAGACAACCUGCAUGUGGUGCUGGCCAUGUCUCCCGUCGGUGAGAAGCUACGCACACGCUGCCGUAACUUUCCUGGCCUGGUCAAUAGCACCGUCAUUGAUUGGUUCUUGCCUUGGCCACAGCAAGCCCUGCUCGCGGUGGCCUCUGUCUUCCUGGGCACGGGCAGCGAUGCUCACGCGCGGGCUGCCAUGAUCCCGGAAGACAAGCGCGAUCACAUUGUGCAACACGUCGUGCACGUGCACGAAAGCAUUUCAGGCUAUAGCCAAGAGUUUGAGGCGACACUGCGCCGCAGCAACUAUGUGACACCCAAAAAUUACCUCGACUUCAUCAGCAGUUAUCUGGAUCUGCUGGAGCGCCGCGACCAGUUUGUCCAGGCUCAGUGCGAUCGCCUGGACGGCGGCAUGUCCAAGCUCGUCGAGGCAGGCAAAGACCUUGAGGUGAUGAACGCCAAGUUGGCCGAGCAGAAAAUCACGCUGAAGGCCAGUACCGAGGCCUGCGCCAAGCUACUGGACGAGAUCACCGCCGCGUCCACCGAAGCCAACGCCAAGAAGCAACUGGCCGAGGCCAAGAAGGUUGAGAUUGCCGAACAGAGCCGUACCAUUGAGGUGGAGAAGAAGGACGCCGUCGAGGCUCUGGAGGUGGCCCUGCCCGCGCUUGAAGAGGCCAAGAUGGCUCUCAAGGACCUGGACAAGAACGAUGUGACGGAGAUUCGCUCCUUUGCCAAGCCGCCCCCGGCCGUGCAGACGGUCUGUGAGUGCAUCGUUGUGAUGAAGGAUGGCAAGGACAUCUCUUGGAAGGCGGCCAAGGGCAUGAUGGCUGAUCCGCAAUUCCUGAGCUCGCUCAUGAACAUGGAUGUGGACGCCAUCAAGCAGAAGCAGGUGACCACCAUCAACGCCUCACUGAAAAAGGCCAACAUCUCCUUGGAGAAGAUGCGGGACGUGUCGACGGCUGGCGCGGGCCUGCUCAAGUUCGUGACGGCCGUCAUGGGCUACUGCGCGGUCGCGCGCGAGAUCAAGCCCAAACGUGAAAAGGUGGCGCAGCUGGAGAAAAACUUUAUGAUUGCCAAGCGAGAGCUGGACCGCAUCGUCAAGGAGUGCGACGAAAUUGAGCGUCAGCUGAAGGAACUAUCGCAGCGUCAUGAAGCAGCCCUGCUGGAGAAAUCGCAGCUGGCAUCAGAGGCCGAGAUCAUGCAGCGCCGCCUUGUUGCCGCCGACAAGCUGAUCAAUGGCCUGAGCUCGGAGAAGACGCGCUGGGCACACGAGCUGGAGGAGUUGCGUGCGCAACGCGUGCGCCUAUUGGGUGACUGUCUACUGGGCGCGGCCUUUUUGUCCUACUCGUGCGCAUUCAACUUUGAGUUCCGACGUCGUAUGGUGCACGAUGACUGGUUGGUGGACCUGCAACGCCACGAGGUGCCUGUGAGCAACCCGUUUAGCCUGCAGGACUUGCUGACCAACGAUGUUGAGAUUGCGCAGUGGGGCUCGGAGGGCUUGCCGCCGGAUGAGCUCUCGGUGCAGAACGGCAUCUUGACCACGCAGGCUUCAAGCUUCCCGCUGUGCAUCGAUCCCCAGCAGCAAGCGCUCAACUGGAUCCGCACCCGGGAAGAAAAGCACGGACUCAAGGUCUGCACCUUCAACGACCCAGACUUUUUGAAGAAGCUCGAGCUGGCCAUCAAGUACGGCACGCCCUUUUUGUUCCGGGAUGUGGACGAGUACAUUGAUCCGGUCAUUGACAACGUGCUGGAGAAGAACAUUUUGGGCUCGGGUCAACGGCGUUACGUGGUGCUCGGGGACAAAGAGGUAGAUUACGAUCCCAACUUCCGGCUCUACCUCAACACGAAGAUUGCCAAUCCCAAGUACCCCCCGUCGGUGUUUGGCAAGACCAAGAUUAUCAACUACACGGUAACGCUCAAGGGUCUGGAAGACCAACUGUUGAGCGAGAUUGUGCGCCACGAGCGACCGGAACUGGAGGAGCAGCGCGCGCAGCUGAUCCAGGAGACGUCACAGAACAAGACGCUGCUCAAGGACCUGGAGGACACGCUGCUGCGUGAACUGGCCUCGUCCACGGGCAACAUGCUGGACAACGUCGAGCUCAUUCAGACUUUGGAGAAUACUAAGUUGAAGGCCGCCGAGGUCCAGGAGAAGCUGGCGCUGGGCGAGUCGACGGCCAAGGAAAUCGACAUUAUUCGCGACGGCUAUCGUCCGGCUGCCAAGCGCGGCGCCGUGCUCUUUUUCGUGCUGUCGGACAUGUCGGCCAUCAGCUACAUGUACCAGUACUCGCUGAGCUCAUAUCUGGAGGUCUUUGAGCUGAGCUUGCGCAAGAGCUUGCCUCACACGAUUUUGCAGAAGCGUUUGGCGAACAUUAUCGACGCGCUGACACUGAACGUGUACAACUACGCCACCACGGGUUUGUUCGAGAAGCACAAGCUGCUCUUUUCGUUCCAAAUGGCGACCAAGCUGCUCGAGUCAGAAGGGCAGAUGGUGCAAGCCGAGCUGGACUUUUUCGUCAAGGGCAACAUUAGCCUGGAAAAGGUAGCACGGCCCAACCCGUACGGCUGGCUGCCCGAGGCCAGCUGGCAGGAUGUGAUGCGCCUGAGCGAGGUGGCCGAGGUUUUCCAAAAUCUACCCGAUGACGUGGCGAGCAAGGAGGCCGUGUGGCGCGAUUGGUUCCAGGGUGAGGCGCCAGAGCAGGGCGAUCUGCCCAUGGGCUAUUCGGAGCGCACGACCGCGUUCCAGCGAUUGUGUUUGCUGCGCUGUUUCCGCGUGGAUCGCAUUUACCGUGCCGUGACGGACUUUGUGACGACGGAGAUUGGCGAGCGCUUUGUGCAGCCACCGGUGGUGCGGUUUGAGAACGUGCACGAGUCGUCUAGCCCCAACUCGCCGAUUGUUUUCAUCUUGAGCCCCGGCUCUGACCCGGCCGGCGACCUGGUGAAACUGGCCGAGAAGACGGGUUUUGGGGGCAACCGCCUCAAAUUCCUCUCCAUGGGCCAGGGCCAGGGCCCGGUGGCGCUGGAAAUGCUGGAGACGGCGGCGCAGCGCGGGCAGUGGCUCAUGUUGCAAAACUGUCACCUGCUGGUCAAGUGGUUGCGGGAUUUGGAGAAGGCACUCGAGCGCAUCGACAACCCGCAUCCCGAGUACCGAUUGUGGCUGACCACGGCGCCCACCGACAAGUUUCCCAUCGGCAUCCUGCAGCGGUCGCUCAAGGUGGUAUCGGAGCCGCCCAACGGGCUCAAGCUCAACCUGCGCGCCACCAUGACCAAGAUUGCGGAGGCGGAGCUCGAGCCCGAAACGUGUGCACACCCAGCCUAUCCACCCCUGGUCUUUGCGUUGGGCUUCUUUCAUGCCGUGGUGCAGGAGCGCCGCAAGUACGGCAAGAUUGGGUGGAACGUUCCGUAUGACUUUAACGAGAACGAUUUCCGUGUGUGCUUGCAGAUUGUGCAAACGUAUCUCUCCAAGGCACAUGCGAACCGGGACGAGAAGCUGCCGUGGGGCUCACUCAAGUACCUGGUGGGUGAGGUGAUGUAUGGUGGGCGCGCCAUUGACAGCUUUGAUCGGCGCGUGCUGCGCACGUACAUGGACGAGUUUAUGGGCGACUUUAUCUUUGACACGUUCCAACCGUUCCACUUUUAUCAGGACAGCUCUGUGGACUACACGAUCCCGACGGGCGGGUCGCGGCAGGCGUACCUCGACUACAUUGAGCAGCUGCCGCUGGCCAACGGGCCCUCGGUGUUUGGCCUGCACGCCAACGCAGAGAUUGGGUACUUUACUAGCCAGGCGCGCAACAUGUGGCAUUUGUUGGUCGAGUUGCAGCCUCAGACGGCCAGUGUGGGCGGUGGUGUGUCGCGCGAGGCGUACAUUGGGAAUGUGGCGUCGAGCAUCAAGGCCAAGAUUGAGCCCGCCUUUGAUUUGGAGCGCAUCCGCGCAGACAUCACCUCGGCGGCGCCUGUGGAUGAGGAUGGCAACAAAGUCUUGCCGCCCACCAGCGUGGUGCUGCUGCAGGAGCUGGAGCGCUGGAACGCCCUGGUCGCCAAGAUGAACAGCUCUCUGAGCAGCCUUCAGCGGGCGCUGGUGGGCGAAGUGGGCAUGUCGAGCGCGUUGGAUGAGCUGGCGUCGGCGUUGUUCAACGGCCAGCUACCGGGCAUGUGGCGUCGCUUGGCUCCGGAUACGAAGAAGAAUUUGACCAACUGGAUGCUGCAUUUUGAGCGUCGCUACCUGCAGUACAAGAGCUGGGUGGAGAAGGGCGAACCCACUGUCAUGUGGCUGUCUGGCCUGCACAUUCCCGAGUCCUAUCUAACGGCGUUGGUACAAACGACGUGCCGACAGAAUGGAUGGGCCCUGGACCGCUCAACGCUGUAUACCGCGGUGACGGAGUUUGUGGAUCCGCGCGAGGUACAGGCGCGGCCACCCAGCGGCUGCUUCGUGACGGGCUUGUAUCUCGAGGGGGCAGCGUGGGAUGUCAAGGCCGGGCACUUGGUGCCGCAGGCACCCAAGCAGCUGUUGCAGCCGUUGCCGAUUCUGCGGGUGAUUCCGAUUGAGGCGCACAAGUUGAAGCUGCAGAACACGUAUCGCACGCCCGUGUACACGACGUCGGAUCGUCGCAAUGCCAUGGGCGUGGGCCUGGUGUUUGAGGCUGAUCUGGCGACCGCCGAGCACCUCAGUCACUGGGUACUGCAGGGUGUCUGCCUCACCUUGAACGAUGAUUAGGCCU